CAACACAAAAUCUAUAAUCAGUCAGGUGACGAGCCCCUUGUGACAGUUCCUCAUCUCAUUCUUCGCAAAAUAAUUCACAAAAAUAUCAGUAUAAAUCCUAAAAAAUGGCCCUCCAAUCCGCUAUAAAGGGAAAACUGAUCAGCGUCAUCGGAGAUGAGGACACCUGCGUUGGAUUCUUAUUGGGCGGUAUCGGUGAAAUCAACAAGAACAGACACCCAAAUUUCAUGGUUGUCGACAAAAACACCCCCGUGAGCGAGAUAGAAGAUUGCUUCAAGCGGUUCAUCAAGCGGGACGACAUCGACAUCAUCCUCAUCAACCAGAACGUCGCUGAGCUCAUCAGACACGUCAUCGACGGCCACACCGCCCCUGUACCCGCUGUGCUCGAGAUUCCAUCCAAAGACCACCCUUAUGAUGCCAGCAAGGACUCAAUUCUGCGCCGCGCUAAGGGCAUGUUCAACCCCGAAGACCUGGUACGUUGAGUGUAAUUUUAUUGCAUGUUGUGUGCUGCCCGCGGCACCUGUACAUACGCUAACGCCGACCCAAAGUUGACUCGUCAACUAACUAACAGUGCAAUCCGACAUUAAUACCGAUUUACAUUCCAUCGUUUUGAAAAAGUGUCAUAAUAAUUUUUUUGCAAUCACACUGCGUCAAAUCCUGGGUUUUUCGCCGCUACAAAUAAUGUCGCUUGGCAACACCAUACUUUUAUCUGGCGACUACAUUUAUUGAACGAUUCAAUUCAGUGUAAAUGCACCCUAAAAAGACGGAAAUAUCUACACG